AUGUCUAAGCUCGGUGACAGCACACCACGGUCCGACUUAGACCAUUUAUUUGGCCUCGUCGAAGACGUAGGUGAGGUGGCACUUACCGCAGUACUGGCGGUUGUGCAUAGCGGCCAUGAAGACACCGGCACCACACUAGAAGAGAGAAUUAGUUUUCUGUUGAUGGGAUCCAAGGGUAUUGUCCUAAAACAAUAG